GGGCUCGUGGCCAGAAGCAGCGGCAAUGGACAUCGUGUGGACUGCUGUCUAGGGCUCGUGUUCCCAGACCAACCCCCAUCCUGAGCCAUGGGGGUGCUGAUGUCCAGGAGGCAGACGGUGGAGAGGGUGCAGAAGGUCAGCUUGGCCGUGUCAGCCUUCAAGGAUGGGCUGCGGGAGCAGCCAUCGACACGGCGUCGGGCAGAGGCGGGGACCGCGCGCCAGGGGACGCUGGAGCAGGAGGUGCAGGAGGGAGAGGAGGAAGCGUUGGCAGGACCUUCCCAGCCGGAGGAGAGCAGUGCCAGCAAGGCAGCCUGGGAGCGGCUGCGGGAUGGCCGGGGCGUGGAGCCAGAGGAGUUUGACCGGGCCAACAGGUUCACACCACCAGCCUUCAUCCGGCCCAAGAGGGAGCUCCACGAUGAUGAACCCCCGGACAUCAGCCUGGAGCAGAGGGAGCAGAUCCUAAAUGAUGAGAUGUGUGAGAUCUGCGAGGUGUGGACAGCCGAGAGCCUCUUCCCCUGCCGCAUCUGCCACCGGGUGUACCACGACGGCUGCCUGCGCCGCAUGGGAUACCUGCAGAAGGACAGCGCCGUGGAGGUGACAGAGACAGCGCACACCGAGACUGGCUGGAGCUGCUACUACUGUGACAACCUCAAUCUGUUGCUGACAGAGGAAGAGAUGUACAGCCUGAUGGAGACCCUGAGGAACUGCAAGAUCAUUCCAGAGAGCUGCCUGACCCUGGAUGACUUCCUGCACUACAAACACCAAGUGCACAAGCAGCAGUUCGAGCGGACCAUGCCCGAGGCACAGGAGGAGCAGGCAGCACUGCAAUUCAAUGCCCUGGACCCUGACAAGAAGGGGCACAUCGAGUGGCAGGACUUCCUCUCCCAUGAGUCCAUCCAGCUGCUGCAGAAAAUACGGCCGCAGAAUGCCCUUCUGCGGUUGCUGACACCCAAGGAGCGGGAGCGAGCACGGACAGCUUUCCUGGCCCUGGACCAGGACAAUGAUGGCUUCAUUGGGGAGGCUGAGUGCCGCCAGGCCCGGCACAGCUGGUUCCGCAAGCACCAAAAGGAGAUGGUGUCCUGCAAUGUCAGCAUCAGCCAUGUGGGACCCAUAUCAGAAGGCAGCCCCGCCAGCAGCAGGAAUGGCAAGAGCCCAGAGAAGAUCCUGCCAGCCGCAAAGCAGGAGGAGACCAGGAGCAUCGACUGGCUCGGAUUCCUGCGGGAGAACGUUGCCUACAUCCUGGCCGCACGCCCCAACAGCGCAGCCCUGCACCUGCAGCCCCUCGCCUAGACCCGGCCGCGCCUCGAGGGCGCGGUGCCACGCCCGCCAUGGUGACCUGCCCCACCCUCCCCCACGGGCACAGCUGAG